AUGGCCGGCAGCGACGAGGUCAACCGCAACGAGUGCAAGGGGGCGGUGCCGAUCCACACAUGGGUGCUCAUCUCCAACUUCAAGCUGGCGUACAACAUGCUCCGGCGGGCCGACGGCACCUUCGACCGCGACCUCGCCGAGUUCCUCGACCGCCGGGUGCCGCCCGACGCGCGGGCCCAGGAGGGGGUCUCCUCGUUCGACCACGUCAUCGACACGUCCACCGGCCUGGAGGUCCGCAUCUACCGCGCCGCCGCUAACAACAACGGCGCCGCGGGCGCGGCCGCGGUCACCCUGCCCAUCCUGGACUUGCUCGCCGGCGCGCCGUCGCCGGACCCGUUCCCAGUCAUCCUCUUCUUCCACGGCGGCAGCUUCGCCCACUCGUCCUCCGGCACGGCCAUCUACGACAACCUGUGCCGCCGGUUCGUGAAGCUGAGCGAGGGCGUCGUGGUGUCCGUCAACUACCGGCGCGCCCCCGAGCACCGGUACCCGUGCGCCUACGAGGACGGCUGGACCGCGCUCAAGUGGGCCAUGUCGCAGCCCUUCCUCCGCAGCGGCGCGGACGCCCGCCCCCGCGUCUUCCUCUCGGGCGACAGCUCCGGCGGCAACAUCGCCCACCACGUGGCCGUCCGCGCCGCCGACGCCGGCAUCAACAUAUGCGGCAACAUCCUGCUCAACGCCAUGUUCGGCGGCACCGAGCGCACCGAGUCCGAGCGGCGGCUGGACGGCAAGUACUUCGUCACGCUCCAGGACAGGGACUGGUACUGGAAGGCGUACCUGCCCGAGGACGCCGACCGGGACCACCCGGCGUGCAACCCGUUCGGGCCGAACGGGCGGCGGCUCAGGGGUCUACCCUUCACCAAGAGCCUCAUUAUCGUGUCGGGCCUGGACCUCACCUGCGAUCGGCAGCUGGCGUACGCCGAGGGCCUCCAGGAAGAUGGCCACCAUGUCAAGCUCGUGUACCGUGAGAAGGCCACCAUUGGUUUCUACCUGCUGUCCAACACGGACCACUACCACGAGGUCAUGGAGGAGAUCGCCGACUUCCUCAGGGCUAACCUCUAG